CCUCGGUCGUGAUAAGGUUUGGUAUAAAUAACGACCAGGCUGUUUUUCUCCCAUUCUCGUACACGAAUCCAUGAUGCAAAGAUUACUGGUAUUGUUAGCAUUGGUCGGCUGCUCACAGGCCUUCUUCGACCUAUGGGGAGGACCAUCAUGGGACGGACUUGCAGUCACCUGGGGCCCCAACCCACUCAGCAGUGUUUACUUCAGCCAACUGCCGCGCACAGAGAGCGAUGCACAAUCUUCAGGAUGGACUAAGGUCUCGGAUUGUUCCGAGACUGGAUUCUUCCGUGGCAAACAGUACAUGAAGGAUAACGACCCAUCUGCCAUAGUCCUCUUUGGCAAGAAUGGUUAUAUCGCUGGUCUCCAGACUGGUGUCCCGGCAGCCAAGAACUGGCCCACACCCAGUAUGAAGUUCAAGAGUAACUUUAACUACGAUGCCGCAAACAACCUGAUGGUCCAGACAGCCUACUUCGUGCCACCACGUGACAUCUGUUCGGCGGGCCGCAGCAGCGACCAGUACAGCAAUGAGGGGACUGGUACGAACCUGUACCUCCAGCAAGGACCCGAUCCAGUCGCCAACUCAGUCAUGAUCCCCAAAAUGGAGAAAGACAUCGGAAACACUAUGUGGACCAAGGGAAACUGCUUCGUAACCAUGGGCCAGCAUUACUGGUAUGACCUCCGUGACGAUAUGCCGCUUGAUGAGUUUUACCCCGCCUUCCUUCUGUACAAUGCUGGAGAGUUGAACGCAUUCGGCUGGGCAAUGAACGUCAACCUGGACUCGCCAAGAUAUGAACAUCCUACGCCAUCUGUCUUUGACAAAUUCAUGGCACGCGUUCCAACCGUUCUCCAGACCGUCGAUCAACUGUCCACCAUGCACAUCUACAUGGAUGACUAUCCACUCUUGAACAUAUGCUAGGUUAUAUGAAUAUGUACAAAUUGAAAUAGAUGUAUAAUAAACUCUGUAGCGUUACAA